AUGGAGAAGCUCGGCGCGCAAUCGAAAGCGGCGCAGGAGCGUCUGGAAUGGCUCGACAGCAAAGAAUCCAAGCGCAUUCGGAUCAAAAACAGGCGAGUCGUCCUGAUCGGCGUCGUGAUGGGCAUCGCCGCCAUGAUCGCCGUUGUGCUGGACGGUGUGCUUCGAGUAGAGAAGCAAGACAAGCUCUGUCUCAUUCUCGACGACGAUUUCUCCAACGGCUUCAAUAAAUCGACUUGGUCACAUGAGAUCCAGGUUGGUGGCUACGGUACCGGAUCGUUCGAUUGGACCACCGACAGCGAAGCAAAUACCUAUGUCGAGGAUGGCAAGCUUUACCUUGUCCCCACCUUGACAGUCGAGAACUUUUGGCCACCUUACUUUAACAUGGACGGUCUCAAAAUCGACCUUGCUGCCUCGGGCAACUGUACCGGCCUUACUGAAAAGGACUGUACCAUGGGCAAUAAUCACAACGAGGGCCGCAUGCUCAAUCCUAUCCAAAGCACUCGUAUCACCACCAAAAAGUCGCACGCCAUUCGCUACGGCAAAGUCGAAGUGCGUGCCAGAACGCCAACCGGUAACUGGCUAUGGCCUGCCAUCUGGAUGAUGCCACGCGACUCUGUCUACGGUAUUUGGCCUGCCAGUGGUGAAAUCGAUCUGAUGGAGUCUUCAGGCAACAUGCCCCGUCACCGAAUGGACGAGCGUGCAGUUGGCGCUGUGCAGUCUUCUUACCACUUUGGACCCGAUUGGAGAACUAACGCUGGUGGCCACCACACUGGUUAUCAGUUCCGAUGGCGCGACUAUUUCAACCAGGGUUUUCACAACUAUGUACUCGAAUGGAACGAGAAGCGCAUGAGAGUCUACGUCGACGAUCCGCGUUACACCUUAUCGUACUUCGAGUUUCCAAAGGAGCCCAUGUGGGACGCUGGCAAGUUCGCCGAUAUCCAGAUCGAGCCCCCUAUCCACAACCCUUGGAUUCGCAGCGACACACCUAACGUUGCUCCCUUCGAUCAGCAUUUUUACCUCAUUCUCAAUGUCGCCGUCGGUGGUAAGUACUUCCAAGGUGCCGGCGACAUUGUCUGGAAUACUGAGUCGGCGUAUCCCGCCACCACCUUCUGGAGCAACAUUAAGAAGUGGUAUCCAUCCUGGCCCACCGACCCGAGGGAACGAGGCAUGGCCAUCGACCGUGUUCGAAUGUGGCAGAAGUGCUAG